UCCCAACCCCAACUCAUCAUAUUCACUUGGAUCCUACCACGUUACUACAAAGUGCUGCUAUUACUGAAGUGCAAAUGGAAGAUGCUGAUGUACCUAUGGAAGAUGCACAGGAAACUGAGGUCGAAAAUAGUUUUACAUCAAAGUGGGAGAGAAUGGACGAUGUGAAUCAACUAGCGCGGCUCGACGGCACCAGCAAACCACUUCGACCGUCAAAGUUAUCAAUGGAAGACUACCUUCAGUUAGACGACUGGACUCCUAACCAGGCUAAACCUGGCAAGAAAACUGUACGGUGGGCUGAUAUCGAAGAAAGAAGACAGCAAGAGAAGAUGCGCGCCAUCGGUUUUGUUGUCGGUCAAACCGAUUGGAAUCGAAUGACCGAUCCCACAUUGGGGUCCAGCGCGCUCACACAGACUAAAUAUAUAGAGAGAGUUAGACGCCAUUGAUGUGACAUCUCUAGAAUGUGAUAGGAGCUUCUAGAAUACGUUGACGCAAAAUCUUUUACAGUAAUAUUAUUGCUGUUCUAUGCGCAUUAUAAUUUUCAGCCUAUGAAUUUAAGCAUGUUGUAAUUAAGAUAUUGCUGUACAAAAUUAUUAAGAUAUUGUAUAUCGUUGAAUGCACAGAUUAUCAUUUGUGGAAAACAAAUGAUAAACGAAUUAGAGUUUUGCGUCGAUAUAUUAUAGAAUGCGUAAAAUUAUAUCAAAAAGUAAAAAUACUUUUUGAUAUAUAGUGAUCGUAGUGUAUUUAAUAUUGGUGGAUAGGGUUCAAUAUUUUUUUUUAUAUCGUUUCAUAUUAUUUCUCAUAUUACUAAUGUGAACAUGACCUGUUAAAAUGAGGUUUCAUAUUUAUUGUGUUUUUAUAAUGCGGUCUGCAAUAAAAAAGAUAUAUAUUUUUGCAUCUCGAAAAAGAUAAUAGGAGCCUACUUUAAUGUUAAGAAGUAUUAAAGUUCAAAAUAUAUUUUACUACCCAGAAUCACUAGCUUUUCCCUAUUUCAUCAAGCAUUAUUUUGAUAAAUAUUAGUAUGAAACUAUACAUUAUUUAGUAUGAUACAUAGGAAAUAUGAAAUAAAACAAGUUAAAUAUUUCUAUAAGAAGAGAUUCUUUUUCAAGUCAUUCGUGUUAUGCUCUACUUUAUAUUCUUACAAUGGUACGUUAAAUAAACUUAAAGUAACUG